CUUCACUCUUCUUCCUGAGCCGCCCUGUCCGUCCCUCACUCCAGGUGAGCAUGCGCACGGGCUUAGCGUGCCAUAGCAACCGGAGCAGUAGACGGUAGCAACCAGAAUCAUAAUAAUGGAAGGGUAUUCAUUUGAAGAGAGAUCUAAAUAGACUAUUCUUCAUCCAGAAGUCAUCUGUGUAUCAGAAGUCGCCGUCAGUAGAAUGGCAAAAGCAACAACUAUUAAGGAAGCUCUAGCCAAAUGGGAAGAAAAAAAUGGUCAGAAGCCGUCAGAGGCCAAGGAAGUGAAACUCUAUGCCCAGGUUCCCCCUAUAGAGAAAAUGGAUGCAUCUCUUUCCACUCUUGUUAACUGCGAAAAGCUGUCCUUAUCGACAAACUGCAUUGAAAAAAUUGCCAACUUGAAUGGGCUAAAAAACUUACGGAUCUUGUCAUUGGGAAGAAACAACAUAAAGAAUCUGAAUGGGCUGGAAGCAGUUGGGGAUACUUUAGAGGAGCUGUGGAUCUCAUACAACCUGAUUGAGAAACUGAAGGGGCUCCAUGUGAUGAAGAAGCUGAGAAUUCUUUACAUGUCAAAUAAUCUAGUAAAAGACUGGGCAGAGUUUGUGAGGCUGGCAGAUUUGCCAUUAUUGGAAGACCUGGUUUUUGUAGGUAAUCCACUGGAAGAGAAAUACUCCGCAGAUUCGCAGAGUGCCUGGGUUGAGGAAGCAACCAAACGAGUGCCCAAACUCAAGAAACUUGAUGGUAUUCCAGUUAUUAAGCAGGAAGAAGGUGAAGAAGGAGAAAACUAGCACAACUUCUUUCCUAUUAAAUUAUUGAAGUGUCUCCAGCUGCAUACAGUACGUGAAGCUUUUGUAUAAAUACGUCUUUGAAGAAAAUCUUGGUCAACAUUUUUGUUGGCUCAUCUCCAUGUUCUCCUUUCUCACCCAAAGACUUGUUUACCAAAACUGGGGAUGCCAAUUAUGUGAACUUUUUGUCUUUUCUUUUCUUUUUUUACUAUGGAAGUUUACUGUUUUGUUUAAUUUAAUAUGUGAUUGUUGCAAGUACAUAGUGAUUGUUUAAAAAAAUUAUUUCAGUCUUCCUAGUUAUAAGUACAUUUGCUUAAUGCAUUUGUUCAGCAGAGUUUUUAAUCAUUUGAAAAGUUGAGGAUGAAGCAGCAACACUUUUGUAUGAGAAUCCUUUAUGCCAUGUGCUUUUUUAAAAAGCAUCUCCUUUUUAAAGAAAGCACCUCAAACAUGGUAUGCUCUAAAUAUUUGUCACAGUGUCUCAUCUUUUUCCUCCAUCUGCUAUGCUAAUUAUAGCCAUAUAGGCACUAGUGACAGUGUUGGCUUUGUCUAGUACUAAAGAAAAUUCAUGGCAUGGAUCAAAAAACAAAAAACAGAUCUUACUGUAUUGAGCUGCAGUGGGAUCUUAAUUGUAAACAUUUCUUGAAGCCACUUACUGUUUUUAUAUACAGUAUUGGUUGAAUAAGUGAAGACAGUAAUUAUUUGUUGUAGAUGAAUCACUUCUUUCCUAAACAUCAGUUUGAUUUGAUGCAUGAGUUGAGUUUUGCACACUUUGUUUUAAGGAACAAGAGAUUCUAGAGCUGAACAAAGACUUGUGCUGUUGAUAUGAGUGUUACUGAAUGGCAAAAUCCUUCAUCGCUCUGGAAUUUGAGUAAUCUAAGGAGAGUCAGCAGCUGUCUAAAGAGGCCCAAAACUUGCAGCUUAGUUGAAAAUAAGUUUCAGGUUCAAUCGCUGGUAAAUGACAGCUGAAGAAAUUGUAGGCAGGAAAGAAGGGAAAGGGAAUGAGGCCUUUAGUCUGUCUGCUGAUAUGCAGCGUAUUUUUAGAUGAAAUGAGAAAGCCCUAAACACAUUCCACAUCCCUUUCACCAAUAGAUCUUUUAUUUGCACCAUUGAAUUUCUAAAGUCAGUCCUAAAAGGAGAGAAAUGAGGUGUUGCAGUUUGCAGUCGUUAACCUAAAGGCAGAGGUUAACCUGUUAUGGCUUGCUGCAGUUGGUUCCCUCACUUCAGUUUUUCCUACUAAAUGAUUUUGGCUUAGACAAUCAAUUUCAUUGUUAACAUGUGAAAUAGGAGCAUAAAAGUAAAGUGAUUAAAAAAUGCUUCAUUUUACAUAGUCAUUUCCCACGUACUCUAAUCCCUCAUCCAAUAAUAUUUGUAGUUUAACAGUUGAAUAAACAAAACAAAAAAUGAUAUUGUUGUACCCAUAAACUAAACCAAAUGAACAAAAGUCAAGGGGAAAAGGAUAAAAAACCAUGUGAUUUAGUUAACUAAAUAUAUAUACUAAACUGAAAUAUUAAUAUGCAAUAAAUAACAAUGAUGAACUGGAUUUUAUAUAUGGCACAUAUAAGAAGAAAAUAUAUUAAAGGCCCAAAUGCAUUUCAUUCUCGGAGUGGUGAAAAAUUAACCAGUGAUUUAAAAGCCAAGACUCACAUGAAGGUUUAUCUAAAACACAAAGUAAAGAAGUAAAAGGUUUGGUAACAUUUGUAGUAUCUAAAUUGGGUUACCAGUUGAUGCUAAGGAGGAACCAAGUUUGUAAAUGCAUAAGUACAGGUCCAUUCAAUCUAUGUAUAGAAAAAAUAAAAAGAGAUAGUCCCAUGUGGAAUCUACAUGAUGAAAUAAUUAAAUGGUAAAUUUCAGACAUUGCUAUAGGGUAUAAAUUUGCCCCAGAGCUAACCUUUGUUUCUUGGAUUGGCUAGAAAAGUUAUAUAUUUUACCAGCUGUUUUAGGCUCUGUGGCAGUUAUAUAGCAUCAUUUGGUACCCUAUCUGUCCAAAAUCUGUUUUUUAUUAGGCGUUAGCCAAUGAACCUCUGAUUAAUUAGGUAAGGUGUCUGAAUUUAACCAUCCUUUUAAUAAUAAUAAAUAAUAAUAAUAAUUUAAUUUGUGGGUCGCCUAUCUGGCCAAUGGCCACUCUAGGCGACGUACAAUUUAACAACAAUACAUUACAUCAUAAUAAAAUACAUCAUAAAAUACAAUAUAACAAUAAAACAAUAAAACAAUAAAACAGUUCCAGUACAGAGUAGUAGGCUAUUCGUCGUAAAAAUUUAACCCUCCCCGUAAGUCCCAGAGGCCUGUCUGAAUAGCCAGGUCUUCAAAGCUUGGCGGAAUACAUUCAGGGAAGGGGAGGGAGAAUGCCCUUCCAGCUUUGGGCUUGUAAAAGUAAUCCCUUUUAGAUUCUUAAUCUAGAGCAUGGGUGGCUAGCCCCCAGUACGGGGGCCUGAUCUGACCCCUAACCAAUUUUCUUCCCCCUCACUCAAGACCCCACCAAUUUUGGUGGCAGCAAAAAGAUGAAUAUAUAAGCAGACACAGUGCUGGUGGAGCCCAGUGUCCUGGUAUAGAUGCAAAUAGCCUCCUUCCCGGUCAUCGGAUUGAUGUGAGAGGGAGCGACAAUCCCCCUCUGCUGAUCUGCAUGGAUCAGCUGUGGAGCGAGGGCUGUAAGCCUCUGUGUGUGUUUCUUCUUUGUGUGCAUGAAAGACUUUUGAUCACCCCCACUGCUGUCCUGUGGCCUCUGAACGGUUGGCCAAGAAUAAACACAGCACUCAAUAAAAAAAGGCUAGCCUCCCUAAUCUGUAAUUUGAUUGCUGUUGUGACAGAAUCAUUGCUUUUACUAUUCCCUUUACUUUAAUUUCCUUUAACAAUAUUUGGAAUGUAAAAAUAAUCUGUAGGAUUAAUUUAUUGUUCUUCCAGUAGCAGUACAAUGAAUGCCAAGAAAUAAAAUCUUUUUUCCCAAGAA